UUCAUAUGUUUCUGGCGUAAAAAGAAGCGCCGCAGCGCGCCGUUUUUUGGCUUGUCAACCGAAACCACGCAACAUUUUUCAUGCGAAAUAAUUUUGUAAAACCUUGUAUUUUCCUAAUAAGUUACUCAGUGACAUGUAGUAAUAAAUGUGCCGCACAAAGUUAAGUGAUAUUGAAGCCAAGUGUUAGUUUUUAAAGUGUUAAGUACGGUUUUCCCACCGCCGUGACCCGCGAACUCUCAACAUGCCUCUGUUGAAAAGGAAAGCCUUCGAGAAAUCGACGGCGUCGGAAUACCUCCGAGACGACGAUGAGGUCUUCCACUGCGAGAUCACCGACGAGAUAUUCAAAGACUACGAGGAGUAUUGUGAAAGGAUCAUUCUGGUCAACUCUAUGGUGUGGUCAUGUAUGAUGACCGGGAAGAAUAACCUCACGUACUCGGAGGCGCUGCAGUCGGAGAGGGCCGCCAGAAGGCAGCUGAAAGACUUCCCCAUGGAGUUGAGGAUACCCAUCCUGUUUCUGGCAGCAAAGACCAAAAGAUGUUCUUUUGCUGAGAUGGCAGAGGAUGUGUUCAACUUUGUGAGGGACAGGUACUUUGUGGGGGAGACAGUGGAGGCUUGCCUGGAGGGAGACCACUGGCAGGAGGCUCACAUACUCUCUGUCACUGCUCAGAAGCAACACCCUGACAGCAAAGCCACGCCCCCCGCAGCGGCGUACGUGUACGAAGUGGAGCAGUUUCCGGACGACCCAGCUGCGUCAGGGCAGGUGGGCACGGCGCCGUUCGACCGCGUGCGCAGGCGCAAGGGGCUCUACACCAGGGACAAGAACCGGCUGUUCCUCAAGCAGUUUGUUGAGCACGGACCUGGCGGCGUCAUCGCUAUCAAGAAACAAGCUUUGGACAAAUACAACAUAAACAAAGUAGCAUUCGAUCAGAUAUUCACCGGUAAUCCGCCAGAGUUCGCGUCCUCCAAAAGGCUGCUAAAGACCAGCCUCUCACCACCUAUGUCCAAGAACAAUAACAAGCCAGCCUCCGCCGCCAAACUCAAAUCCGCGAAAAAACCCAGCCCACAUAAGAAAGGACAAGUGACAAUGGACAAGUUUGUAAAGAAGACAGAUAAAAAUGAAGUGGCAAAAUCCAAACCACCACCGAACCCAGCAGCGAAGAAGUCAGCGCAAGAGCUGGCGGAGAAGAUGCGCAGAGCGGAAGACCAGAUGCGACAGCGCAAGGAGGAAGAGAAAGCCAAAAAGAAAGAGAAGACGGCGCGGUUGCAGGCCUACCUGAAAGAGUGGCAGAAAGUCAAGGAUGACUUGGACUUAGAGGAUCAUAAGGUUAUACCCAAAGGCAUACCGAUCGACAUAGCCGGCAUACCGCAAAACCAUUUCGGCGAUUUCCUAUCAGUGCUGGAGUUUGUGUACAUAUACUCCGACAUCCUGAAGACGAAGGAUGUGUUCCACAACCAACUGGACUUGGAGACGUUCAGGAAGGCCCUGAUAUCUAAAGAGCAUGCUGGUGUCUUCAGCGAUCUGCUGCAGAUGUUUCUUACUACAAUAUUCUCACUGCAAGAGGACGAGGCAGAGGAGUAUAAUGAGAGUGGAGGGAUACAGUUGUCUCACGAAGACAAACGCAUGGGUGCCGACAUGGGUCUCGCGAAAGCUGUGGAGUUAGCGACGAAGGCCAGCAAAUGGUCACAGACGUACCUCGGCACGCCGCUCAGCAAACUGCCGCUGGACCCCACCACUGUUAGUGAAGUGUUAAGACUGCACCUGCUGUCGUCCGGCGCGACGGGCGGGUCGCGGUGCGCGUCGUGGCGCUACCAGCAGCGCGGCGGCUACACCGGGCUCGACGACGCCGGCCUGCGCCUCCGCCUCGCGCACCCGCGCCUGCUACGCCGGCUUGCGCACACGCACGCCGCCGACCUGGCGCUCGAUGACAAGUUUCUGAUUCUGCAGUGCCUGAUGAACCAGAUCCUGAGCUACGCAACGGUGCGUGACGUCAUCGAGGAGAAGCUCGAAGAGCUGAAGAACAACAAACAGGCGCUUCGGAUGCUGCAGAUAAACGAACGCAAGCGUGAAGCCCAAGUUUUAACCGCUCGCCAAGAGCUAAAGAAAGAAGCGGCGGCCAAGAAGGAAGAGAAUAAACUGACUGGCGAGAAAGCACGCGCGGUAGACGAGCAGCUGCGAAUUGAUACAGAGAAGUUAAAUGCAGAAAAUGAGGAGAAGAAGAAAGAGUAUGAGAAGAAGUUGAAGGAGCUGCAGACAGGACUGUUCGACUACUCCUCUUAUCUUGGCAUGGACCGCGCGUUCCGGCGCUACUGGCUGAACCAGGCCGUGGCGGGGCUGUUCGUGGAGGCGGGCGCCGAGCCGCGCGGCCGCUGCAGGGACAAGCCGCUGCCCGCCGCGCCGCCCGCCGCCGCCGGCGAGGACACGCUCGCCUACGUCACCAGGCUCUUCGAGACUGAGAAGGAGAGAGGUGGCAGCGAUAAAGAGAACGACUCAGCUGCCAACUCACGCGGCAACUCGCCAAAGAAGCCAUUGGCGAACAUGAACGGGAUCUCGCAGAAGAUGAACGGCUUCGAUUCGACCAGCCAGCAGCUGCUUGUGUGCAGCGGGGACAUAGCUACUUGCUGUGUGCACGGGAAGCACGACCGUCCACAAUGGUGGGUGUACCACACAGAGGAGCAGAUCGAGUCCCUCAUCCAGUCGCUGAACAAGCGCGGCUUCAGAGAGAGUGAGCUGCGACAGACCCUCGAGCUGGACAAGGACAACAUCGUGCAGUAUCUGAGGAAGUGUCCGGUUCAUCUGUUGAACGCUGAUGCGGCUCCGGCUCCACCAGCCCCCUCGCAUCACUUCACGCGCCGCAAGCAGUUCCAGCCGUCGCUGAACAUUCCGCCGGAUUGCUCUCUCGGUGAGGCGCUAGAGCUGUCUCUCAGAGAUCACAUCCUGGAGUUGGAAGAGAAGAUCUUCCACGGAUGUUUGGGAGCGCUUAAAGUUAAGGACCGCGAGGCGUGGCGCGGCACGAUAAUGCUGCGCGGGUACGACAAGCAGGCCGAGUACCUCACGUGGGGGCCUGACCAGAUGUACCGGGACGACUACCAUCAGCCCAACGGAGUGCUCAACAUACCGGAAGACAUAGAAGAGUCGGAUAUGAAGUCGAUACCGAUUAACAAGUACCGCGACCCCGGGUUCUACCUGGCGCCUACGGAGCUCAACGGCGUCAAGUCGGAGCCGGAGGCGGGUCCGAAGGCGGACGUGGUGCGCGGGCUGGCGUGCGCGCUGCUGCAGGUCUCGCAGGCCAUACACCACAAGUACCUGAGGAGGCCGUUAGGUCUUGACGAGAAAGAGCGCAAAGAACGCGAAGCCAAAAAUAAAUCCAUGGAUCUCGAAGCGCUGGUCCGCUGGGAGGUGUCUCUCAUGGAGUGCCGCAGCUUCGCGCAGGUCGCGCUGCACCUCAUGACCCUGGACUCGUCCGUGAGCUGGUCCGCCAGCGUGCUGCACGCCAGCUGCCGCCUGUGCCGCAGAAAGACCGACCCUGACUCCAUGCUGCUGUGCGACGGGUGUAAUAAGGGACAUCAUCUAUAUUGUCUGAAGCCGAAGCUUACAAAAGUUCCUGACGGCGAUUGGUUCUGUGAUGUAUGUCGGCCUAAAGAGAGAACGCCUAGGAAGCGGAGGAAACUGUUUUCAGAGGAGGAUAUCGAGGAGGCAAUGAACAGUUCGUCGGAGAGCAACAUCGACAGCGGCGUGUGCGGCGCGUGCGGCUCGGGCGGGCGGCUGGCGGCGCGCUGCGGCGCGUGCGGCGCGCGCUACCACGCCGAGUGCGCCGCGCCGCGCCCCGCGCGCGCCGCGCGCCGCUGGCUCUGCGCCGCCUGUCUCAACCCCGCCAGAGCGGUGCACGCGGUGCGUCGCUGCGCCGCGACCGCGCUGUCCAACAUCCACCAGUACACUCGCGCCCUACACAACGAAUCCGAGUCCGACGACAGUGAAUAUAACACAGCAUUAGUGAAGUUCAAAACUCGCAAGUCGCGCGGCAGCACGGAGCCCUCGCCUGUCAUGAACGGACACAGCGGGUCCGGCAAGAAGAGGGGCAGGAAACCCAAAGAUCACAGCUCCAAAGAGUCGUUAACGAAUGGCGUACAUGAGGAGCCCCGCUCGGCGAAGAAGCGCGGCCUCAGGUACGAAGAGGUGGUGAUCCACGUGGACGCGCUGGAGCAACUCGUCCGCGACGUCAUGAAGCACAAGGACUGCUGGCCCUUCUACGAGCCGGUCUCUGUUGAAGAUGUGCCAGACUACCUGGACGUGAUCGAGCAGCCUAUAGACCUGACGACGAUGAAGCACAAGCUGGAGACGGGCGAGUACUCCACCGACGAGGAGCUGCUCUACGACAUGGCGCUCGUCUUCCACAACUGCUACACCUACAAUAACGACGCGCAUCCUGUUGCCAAGGCUGGUUAUCGCCUAGAAAAAUACGUAACAAAGCGCCUCACUGAGCUGGAUCUUCCUGCCAUGCCGAACUUGAAUCCCUCCGAAGAGGGCUCCAAGCAGGACACAUCAGAAGAAGAAGGUCCCAAGUCAAAACGACCUAAAAUGAAGUGACAGGUGGUCGCCCCACCAUAUCUUGGUGACUAUAUGUUUUACUGACAGGAAAUUGUGCAGUGUUGUUGAUUAAUAAGGUUUAAAAUUGAUUGUACAAGAUGGAAGAACAGUGCACAGUGAUGAAAAUUGUUGCUUAUUAAUUUAGGAUGUGAUUAAAGCUUGAGGAAGGCACAUGCUAAAUAUAUCGUAGUGUUGUGGGUAGUAAGGUUUAAAUUUGCCGCAAGGUGUUAUGUGAUUGCUCUGUAAGAUUAGAUCCGAAGAAUUAAGUGUUUAGAUUAAGGCGUGAUGGAAAAUAAUCCUGGCUGUUAGUAAAAUCUGGAUUGUGAAUGAUAUAAAUUUACAAUGUUUGAAAUUCUUCAGUAUGUCAAUUGUAUUAUAAAAUAUUGUAUAGAUUGGUAACCAUAACUCAGUCACAAGAUUGCCUUAGUUUACAAUGGAAUACUGUUUAAAAAUCAUAGAUCUAUUUAAAAAUGCUGCGUAAACUCACACUCAUUAAUAUUAAAACCUAGUAUUCCAUACCAUAGACUGAAUUUAAAAAAAUAGGACUGGCUUAAAAGACUACUAACUACGGACAAAAAUAGAUUAGGUGAUAUGCUUUUUACAGAGCAAUCAUGCUAUAGCUCAUAAUGUACCAAAAAUAAAAAAAAAAUGCUUUUACAAAUACCGCGAUAUUUGCUGUUGAUCGGCAUAUAAGUUCUUAAAUAAAAUAUAUCUCAUUUGAAAAACACUCUUAUAUCCUACGUUUUAAGACGUAAAUUUCUUUUGGUUGCAAAUAUGUAUGACUGCUUUUCGCGUACGGAAAUAUCAUACUUGAUUUACGCUAGUUUGGGUUGUUUUUUCGUCGUUGCAAUAGGGUAUUUGACACAACUCAUAUAGAAUCUAACACAGAACGAUAAGAUUUAAAAUUUCGGUAGAAGCGGUAAGCGUCAAGAAACGAACGAGCAAAGAAGCGCAAUACGCGCACGUGACGUCAUCGGGAAUUAUGACCCGUGCCAAAGGAGAUGGAGCGAUAUCCCCACUAGGCGCCCACUCCUGCAUAUUGCAAUAUAUGGAAUAUAAAUUCCUGCCUCAUUUCUCACCCAAUUUUAAUGCAGUUUUCCACGAAAGAGCCUCUCAUUCGUACCAUUUGCUGUUAAAUACAGAAUAAUGGACAAAAUGCCCUAUUUACAAUGACUAUGUAAUAUUAUAUUCAAGUCUGUGUAUUUCGUGUUUGUACAGAAAAUUUGUAGUAGCUUUCGUGAUUUUGAUAUGUGAAGUGAAUGGAUAGAAAAAAAAUAACGAACUGACACACACACUCACUGAUUUAAAAAGUUGAUUAACACGGAAUACACCUACCCUCUUAAUAUUAAUGUAAUACGUGCUAAAAUUAGAAACAAUUUCCCUAACAGCCACAAGACUUGGGCACUUGAUAGGUAUCCAUUCACUUAGGUAAAAUAUAGAAUUACGAUGAAAAUUCAUGCAAUGUACAAAAAUUAAGUUAUCGGCUGGUGUAUAAAAAAUAUUUUGCGCUGUUAAAAAUUAAUACAUUUAACAUUCAUUGAUCCCAUUAUCAUUAAUUUAGAAUGUAGAUUACGAUUUCGUUCAUCACCGAUUUUUAUAUGAGCCGAAUUGACAAUGCUUAAUGUAUUUAGAUGGUUUAAAAUAUUAUAUCUAACCAACUUGUAAGAUAAAUGAUUGUCUACGUUCGAAUGUACAAAUAUGUAUCACAAAACAACUUGAUAUUACGUUUUCAUUAGAAUAAAACAGUUAACGAAUUAGUAUAGUCUAUGGUAAGAUAUUUUAUACUGAACAGUAGAUGUCGAUAGAAUUUUGAUUAUUCCAUAGAUUAAAUUCAGACUGCCAUUUUGCGACACGAUUGUAUCUACGGUGACGUCACAUAAUGGUAAUCUCAACGAGUAGUGUCGGUUUUAGUAGCCAUAAAGGUAUUGCCUCUGUUACUUCAAUGCGGAUACUGAUAUCAAACUUUAGUUGGUAUUUUGCUGUUGGGUAGAAGCUCCGACUUAAACAUGAAUAAUCGAAGAAAAUCAGCGAAAAGGAAGUAUCAGUUACAUACAAUUUGCUUUACGUUAAUUAUUGGUGUGGAUCUUUAGGAAUUCCGAGACGUUCCCAAAUAUCCUUCGUAAUCUAAAGCUGGUCUUGUAUGUAUAUUUGAUUGAUCUAAGGAUUGUAAUUACUGCGCACGGACAUAGAGUUAAUGAUUGUUAUAAUAAUGAUGUUGAUGGCAGAACUGUAAUGUUAUGUUGAUAUUUUAAUUUUCUAGCAGUAAUACACCUCUCCUCAGAAUUUGCAGUCCCAUGUAAUUUUUUAGCAUUAUGACGGUUAUAAUGAUUUCCAAAUGUUAGCGUGUUGUUUUUAAUAUUCAUAAUUUGUAUAAAGUUAGUGUAAUGUUGUAAGUGUUGUGGCAGUUAGUCGAAGUCGAUUGCAGGUAAAGUUCAACGAAAAUGCAUGAUAAACAAAAUUUACUUUUUUGAUAAAUUUGUAUUCGGAAUAUUAAAUAUCGAUAAAAUGUAUCGACUUCGUUAACGGCCGCUAUCGUGUCACCACCGCAGGCGGCCGCCGAGGCCGCAACGUGCCUGCAUUUAGCGUCGAACCUCAAUAGAUACACUAGAAUAUAAUCGUUUAGAUUUACUUGUGUAAUGAUGCUCGCGGAUUUUGUAAAAUCGUUUUACGUAAAAUAAUAUACGCAUUAAAAUACAAAAUUGUCGUAUCAAAACCAUUGCAUUUCCUCUCGAUAUUUUAUGAUCAAGUAUCGAUGUUUCUGACGCAAUUUAUCGAUAGUAGUGAAGAGAUCCGCGCGCAUCGCUUUCGUUAUUUGAUCAAGGCUUGUGUUUGCCUACUAUUAGUAUUGUUAUAAUAGUUAGACAUAAAAAUUUGUUUAGUUUUUAAUUUAGUUGUUUAAAUCUGUAGCGUGUAAGAUGGCGAUUGACUUUUCCUGUGUGUACUCAAAAUCAGCGCGCAACGCAAACGCACGGUUACGUUUUGUUUACAAAAUUUUAUUUGUGAUUCGUUUUUUUUUUGGUUUUUUGUUCUGUCAUUUAUUUAUUUUUUAACUCCGAGGCGUGGGCCUUUCGUGUUACUAUUUUUUGGUCGAUAGGACUAUGGAUCGUCACAUGGAGUUAUCAAUGAUCUAAACCAAACACUUAAUAAAAAGUUUUUUUUAUUGUAAAAAUGUCGAUACGGUACACAUUAGUUUGCGCUUCGUUAAAGCUUUUUCAUAAAUUGCUUAUGAAUCAUUGUAUGGUAAAUUGAGCGCUACAUAAGUUCAUCAAUCAGUAAAAGCAAGAGUUUACAAUUAAUAUCGACAUUCUACGAUUGUACCAAAAAUAACAUUGAAAUGAUCAUGUGGCGGUCUGGGCAUCGUGUAAUGGUUCCAGUGCAUUCCCGGGCGCGCGGCGCAGCUCUCACGCGUCGAUUGUGUCCGCGACUAUUUAUUCAAUGUAAUUUAUUAGUUUUGUAUUUAAUUUAUAUUGUAACGAAUAAAGCAAACAGUACCGCAA